AUGGCGGGCUGCAGGUGUGAGGGCGCGGCAGCGUGACGUCUUGAGGGCCGUAGAUUCCUCUCCGCCGCACCCGGUUCUGUUGUUAGGCUUUGUGGUGGAGUGGGCGCGGGUGUGGGUGUGUCCCGUCUGUGGCGCAGGUCCACAGUGUCAGGCCUCAGGCCUUCUGUCUCCCACGCGGUUUGCCACGCGGUGCCCGUGACUGCCUAUGUUCUCAAAGUCUCGCCAGUGACAUAGGCGACCAAUUCCCAUCAGAUCCAAGUUGACCUCGUCCCGACUAAAGACAGAGCAACUUCCAUGACUGCUGUGGCCCAGAUUUUCAGGGAAAGAUAAAAUGAAUAAGAAGAGACAGAGGAACUCAGGGGGCGGCCUCCAUCCCUCAAAGCCUUCUAAGAACCCACGGCUGAGAAACUCCCGUGGAAGCCUCCAGAGCUCCAUGAUGGUCCACUCACAACACUCCAGAGAGUCAGGAGACAGCUCAGAACCUGCUCCUUCUGUAGAGCCAGGCGGGGAGGAAGCACGACACGAGGCUUCCAGCUGCCCAAUGGAGGACACAGGAGCUGCCUCUGACCUCCCAGGAUCACCACAAGAGCUGGUCCCCCUGCCUCCUUCCCAGAACUCAGUUGGGAGGUUUGUCCCUCAGUUUGCCAAACCAAGGAAGACAGGAACUAGAAAAGCCAAGGCAUGUGAAGAGGACCCAGAGAGCUGCGCCACAAGCCAGGAAACCAUGCCAGAGCUGGGUGCCCUUGAAGCAGGAAGCCAGCCACAGAGAGAGUCCCUGAGGUUCCCUCCCCACGAUGCCAGAAGACCAGAAGACCAGACACAGCCAAGUGGGACCAUGUCAAAGAGGACCACCUCACUAGAUAAUGGGAGCCUAGGGAAGAAUGGUUUUGAGAUGGCCACAGUUCAAGACAGUAGUAGCCAGGAAAGACCCCUGUCAGAUGCUGCUGCCGAAAGCAGGGAGGCAGAGAGCCGAGCCCCGCAGGAAGGAGGUGCCCACAACGGGGGAGCAAGGGCCCAGCAUUCUGAGGAACUCCAGGAAGGAGAAGACAUCCUCUACACUUCGCCAUUAGUUUCUGCCUCAGACCCCACCAUCCCUUGCCUAGAGACCUGGUCUGUGGCUCAAGACCUCUCUGUGCCCACACAUAUUCUCAGCAGCACAGCUGCAGCACCUAGCUCCAGCAGCCCAGAAGAUGCCUCUCUUGUGGACAGUGUCAUUCCAGAAGUGAGCUUGGGCCCCUCUGUGCUGCGACAGAGUGCUCCAGAGGUGGCCAGGCUGCUGGGCUCUCCGGAUGGGCAGAUCCCUGAUGGAGGCUGCAAUGGGACUCUGCUGAGCCACACAGCUCCUCCUGAGGAGACCACAGCAGGCAGAGAGGGGGCCAGAUGGGAGGAGAGGUCCCCUGGUGACACCCUGGCAAGCUUCACUGAGGUUGCAGUUCCUAUGAAACAAGAGGCCAUUGUAGAAGCUGGAGAUUCAGACCACAGAGCCCAGGGAGUGGGUCCAGCGGUCCAGACCAAGGACUCUGGCUCUGAUGGAUGGCUACCAGGGGGUACAGGAGUGCUGCCUUUACCAGCACAGCCUAGCAAUCAAAAGGUGGCAGAGUUAAGUGGCCUAACUUGUGAUCACGACUUAGAGGGCCUCAGUCUGUGCGCUUGUACCUCCUCCCAGCUGGAGCACACCUGUGCAGUUGGUGAUCCUCCCCAGAGCACCACAGACUGUCACAGCAGCCCAGGCACUCCUGUAUACCUGGCAGGGCAGCAGCAGCCAGCUCCCAGUCCCAGAGAUCAGGCUGCAUGGCAGGAGUCCUCAGCAAUGGAACUAGACUUCCUGCCUGACAGCCAGAUACAGGAUGCCCUGGAUGCCACCAGCAUGCAGCAGGGCUUUCCUUCAGGGAAUAUGCCAGAUCUUGGCUGGCCUGUCCCUGGCUCACAUGCCAUCCAAGGAUCCCCAAAGGCAGUGGCCAAACCUCAGCCCAGAUCCCAUGUGGGAACCUGGGCCCAGGAAACCUACAGGAUGCAGGAUGCAACAGACACGGUGCGAGGCCUCGUGGUGGAGCUCUCCAGUCUCAACCGGCUGAUUAUGAGCACCCACCGGGACCUGGAGGCCUUCAAGCGCAGGAAGACCAAGUCUCUGCCGUACCUGACAAAGGGGUUAGGGAGCCUUCCUAGAGGGGAUCAGAGCUGGAGGGACUUGUAAGCUGGGGGAGGGGGUUCAGCUCACCGUGGUUCCAUCUGCAGGAGGCCAGGGGGCCACUUGGCCAGGGUCAGUAUUACUCCCAUGCAGUAGGGGGCCUGAGCCUUAGGAAGUCACCUGGCAGCAUGUCCCUGCCCCAGAUGCUCAUCCAGGCUCCCGAGCUGAGCUGCAGUUGUCUUUGACUUUGUUUCUGGAGGGGAGAUGCCCUGUUCCUCUGCCUAUCCUUCCCCGGUGCUUUGUUACUUUUGGGAAGGCAGGGAAUAAAUGAUGCAGUCACAAGC